GACGCCAUGGACUGUAGCCACCAGGCUCCUCUGUCCAUGGGAUUCUCCAGGCAGGAAUAUUGCAGUGGGUUGCUAUUUCUUCUCCAGGGGAUCUUCCCGACCCAGGGAUUGAUCCCGGGUCUGCUGUUCUAAAUUGGUGCCUCAGUCACAGAACCCUUGGAGGUCCAACUUUGGCCCCCUCCCCAAAGCUCUGACUCUGACACAGUUGCCCCAAGGAGCAAGGGGAGCAGUGGAGAGUGUGGAUGCUGCAGCUGAAGUGUAGACGCCUCAGCACUCAUGGGUGAAUGAGUAGAAGAGUGUAUGGACCCACGUGCUGCUGUCUGGGGCUCUGGAAACGUGACUCACCUGUACCCGCGAGAGAGAGCUAGUCAGGUGGCUCAGUGGUAUAUACACACUAACUUAAAACACCUUAUCUUAAUGAAGAGGUACCUUCCCCAUUUGCACAAAGUGCCCUAUGGACUAGUAGUGUCCUGGCGCGUGCUUUCAGCCCGUGGAGAGUCAGCUGCUGGGGAGUCCCCUCAUCUCACUUCCCCCUCCAGAGUCCUGACUCCAGCCUGACAGCAGACCCCAAAGUGGGACUUCCCUGAGGGUCCAAUGGCUAAGACUCUGAGCUCCUGAUGCACGGGGCCCAGGUUCAACCCUUAGUCAGAAUCCCAUACGCCGCAGCUAAAAGACCCGGGAUGCUGCAAUGAAAAGAUCCUGCAUGCUGUGACACAGACCCAGCAUGGCCAUAUCAAUACAUAAAACAUUUAAUUAAUUAAGUUUUUAAAAAUGAUGGAAGGUGGCAGUGGCUCCUUACAGACCUCCAGAGUUACUUCCAAUCGAUGUGUCAACAAGGGACCAACCAACCUCUUUCUUGCUAAUGUGACAACUGCUCCUAGCGUAACUGCAAUACGUGAUUCUGCUCAAGCAUCUCUUUCUACUAGGAGUAAGGAAGAGGGAGCAAAAGAAAGAGUGAGGAGUGCGAAACUCCCAUCCCAUCAUACCUAAUGGCCUUAAGCGUCCCAGCCACAAGCCCUGGAUGACACAUUUGUGUCACUGAUCAUCAGAAGGCCCUGCGACCACUGUGUAGCCCUUAUGGUGUGGUUCCAGAGGUCAUUCUAAUAUAAAAAGUCAGAGGGUGGGAGGGAGAGCUGGGAGGGUAAGGGGCAGGACCAUCAGUAACAUGUAUACAGCAGCUGUAUUUCAUGAAACAAAUAUUUCAUCUCCCAACAAUAAUACAGGUAGAUAUUUGAAGCCUGUGAGGAAACUGAGACUCAGAAACUGUUCCACAAGGGACAUCUCAGAAGGACACAAAGCCAGUUUGAAGGGGAUCCCACUGGCUUAAAAAGGAACAAUUUGAACUUCAAGAAUAAUAGCAAUAGCAAAAAUAGUAAUAGCAACAACAAUGCCUGUGAUGUGUUGGAACAUGAGCCUUCAUAGAGAUACUAAAAAAAUAUCUUUUAUCACCUGUGGAGGCAGUUAGGGCACUCCCAUUAUUCUGAAAAUAGUAAAUGACAGGAAAGAAUCAAGCAUUCCCAGAAGGAAAAACAAGGAGUCAAUCAGCUAGAGAUGGUGGCUGCACACAGUGCCCAAAUAAUGAAGGAAAACGGGUCACCAGCUGUAGGAAAGGACUGGGUAGGGCUUAAUGCUGGGCUUAGAGUCUGGAUGCUUCCAUUUUUCUGGCUGCUCCCGGUUCUUAAAGGGUCAGCACAGCUUCUUUGGUCCCUGGCCUAUGGAGUUGCUGAUGUGAGAGAUGAGGGGGCCGCCACAGGAGAACACGUCUUCAUUCACCUAUUGCCAGAGAAGGACCACAAGACAAUCAACCAUGGAAUCUCCGUGGCAUUCCUCCAAAAGCGUUUAUUUUUGCUCACCGGCCACUGGGUUGUCUGGGCAGGACUCCUGCUCUGAUCUAGGCUCACCCAUGUGUUUGUGUUCAGCUCAGGGUCAGCUGAUGGCCCUGCUGACCUUGGCCGUGCUCUCUCACACUCUGGGGCCUCUGCGGGCACAGCUGGGCUGGCUUGGCUCUGCUCCUGGGCUGGCUUGGCUCUCGUCCUCCUGCAGGCUGGCCAGGACAUGCUGCGGGGCAGGUGCUAUUUUCCUGAAGAGAACAGAAGCAGGUGGCACCUCCUGAGGCCUCAGGUCAGCGCUGGCACCGGCCACUUCUGCUGCACCCAAGGCAGCCCGGGUCCAAGGGUUUGGGGAACUAGACUCCUGUUGUAGCUGAAGGAGGUGUGGAUACACAGAGGGAAAGAGAACCAGGCCCAUUUCUGCAAUCAGACUGUCCUAUCCCUGGUUGAGCUGAGAGCCGGCCAGGGCCAUGCCCUUCCAGUCCACCCUGACACCAUCUCCCUGACUGUGCCCAGAGGUCACAGGGGCUAUUUUGAUGAGAACUUGAAUCUAGAAACUGGUGCACAAAUCCUCUGCACCCACACCACUCGAAUACCACUCUGUGGACAUGCACACUCACAACCACUCUGUGGACAUGCACACUCACGGUCACACAUGCUAACACAUUCAAGCACCCCCACACAAGUUCACAGCCCCAUAUACACACACACCACAGCCACAGCUGCACACAUGGUCACAUGCUCACAGACACUCACAUAUACCCACACUCACACACCGGCACGUAUGCAUGCCUACACAUGUUCACAUGCAUGCACUCAUACACACACACGCUUUCACAAGCUCAGGUACACUCACACAAAUUCUCUGUGCCCAUGCCCUCACACACAUGUACUCAUACCUGCUCACACUCACUCCUACAAUCACACACUCUGCGCUCUGCCAUGGGUAAGGGGGGGACUGACUACCUGGCCCCUCUCCGCCGACAUCAGACAAGUUCAGCUGGAAGAAGUCAGGCCACCUCCUCCGGGUAACUCUCAGUCUUCCCCCAUCCUGAGCAGCAAGAGGGUGGAGGCUGAUGGGGACCCCUGUGGACCAGGUCCUGGUUCUGACACUCACAGUGGGACCCCAGCAGGCCAUUGGCCCCUCCGGGCCUAGUCGCCCUCUGAACAUCCAGGGAAGGAGCCGAUGCCCGCAGGGGCCCUGCUCCCGGGAGCCCAUGCUCCCAGCAGCAGCUUCCUGGGCCCCUGGGUGGGUCAGGCAGGAUGGGUGAGGCCACAGAGCCGGGAGGGACUUGAGAACUUCCCAGAGGCGGCAGCUCACAGCAGAGGAUUUCCAAGCCCCACACGAAUAGCAAGGCUUUCACACAAGCAUGUGUGAACUCAGGAGGGGCAGCCGGAGAGAAGAGGCAGUGGGGAGCAGGCAGCAGCGGGCAAGGCGGCGGUGACAGCUGGCCUCUGUCUCCCAGGCUCUCUGAGCACGAUGUCCACGGCUCCCUCCAGCAAUGGGGUGUUUGUCGUCAUCCCACCCAGCAACGCCAGCGGCCUCCGCUCGCCCCCAGCCAUCCUGCCCACCUCCCUGUGCCAGCCUCCAGGGAUCAUGCAGUACGAGGAGCCGCCGCUGGGGGCGCAGACACCACGGGUCACCCAACCACCGGACCUGCGGCCCGGGGAGACAUUCCUGACCGGAGAGCCCAAGGCUCUGGGGACCGUCCAGAUUCUCAUCGGCCUUAUCCACCUGGGCUUUGGCGGCGUGCUGCUCAUGGUCCGCCGCGGCCACGUGGGGAUGCUCUUCAUCGAAGGCGGCGUCCCCUUCUGGGGUGGAGCCUGCUUCAUCAUCUCGGGGUCCCUCUCAGUGGCAGCCGAGAAGAACCACACCAGUUGCCUGGUGAGGAGCAGUCUGGGGACCAACAUUCUCAGCACCAUGGCGGCCUUUGCAGGGACGGCCAUUCUGCUCAUGGAUUUUGGUGUCACUAACUGGGAUGUGGGCAGGGGCUAUUUGGCCGUGCUUACCAUCUUCACCAUACUGGAGUUCUUCAUUGCAGUCAUUGCCACCCACUUUGGGUGCCAAGCCACUCGCGCCCAAGCUCACGCGCCUGUGAUUUUCCUGCCGAAUGCCUUCAGCACAGACUUCAACAUCCCCAGCCCUGCAGCCUCUCCUCCCCCCGCCUACGAUAAUGUGGCAUAUAUACCCAAGGAAUCUUCAGAGUAGACGAUCGCUCUGGGGGUUGGAGCCCAGCCUGCCUCACUUUCCCCCGUCCCCCUUUCCCCCCUCCCCACAUUCCUCCACCCGCCCGACCCCGCCAUCCCCGGCCGAGCCUCUCCCCACCCUCGCCUUGUUUAUCUGGUGGCAGCCCGCCACCCCAGUCCUCUCAUGUUGUGGUACCGAGUGGAGUCCCUGGGGAUGUCUGUCCCACACAUUUCCCUCAGUGGUUUAUUUCCUAAAAAAGCUAGUUGAUGUCAAGGGUAUGUGUCCCUCUGCUCCCUGGGCCCCGCCCUUCAUCAGAAAAUGCCUCCUGAUGCCGCCCUGGAUUUCUCUCUACGCAUUUUGGAAACCCUGGCUUCGCUGGGACAUGGGUUCAAGGGCCGCCCUGGCCCUCAGGCCUUGGGACAGUCAUUAAGCUCAGAGAGCCCAGAAUCCUCCAGAAGGGAGAACUGAGUCCAGCUGCAGAGGUCACAGAGCCAAACGGCGGUGGUUUGGCCUCUGGUCACCAGGCCCCAGGACCAGCUCUAUAAUCUGCUGCCAUGUCUUCAGGCCUCAGUUUUCCCUCCCGGAAAAGAAAGUGUUGAACCAGAUGACAUUUAAGACACUUACAGCUCCCCAUGGGCUCCCAGAAGUCUAAAGUCUAAGUCAGGCAUGUCCCCUGACCCCAACUGCCUGCAGAACUGUUUGGAGGCCCUAUUGCCUCAGCCCUGCACACCCUCCAGGGCUGGAGGAGUUGCAAGGGAGACCUGAGACCAGCCCAUGGCACCCUGGUCAGCAUCCGCAGGCGGCAGCUGUGGGGGCCCCCUCCCCUGGGAGGGUCAGGACCUCCCCUGGCCUCUCAGUGCUCCCUCUCUCACCCCCCGCCCGCAGCCUGAGGAGAAAGCCACCUCUGAAGGUAUGAUGAGUUGGGCUGGGUCUCCAGGCCAGGGGACAGUUCCACCUGGUAUUUAGAGGCCCUGGCAGGUGGCUUGUCUCUCAUACCACAGAGGGAAAUAAACUGUGCUUACAACUUGA